GGCGCGGCGCGGGGCGCUGCAGGGCAGCCGAACUAUGACCUCCUGGUGAUCGGCGGGGGAUCCGGCGGCCUGGCUUGUGCCAAAGAAGCCGCCCAGCUGGGAAGGAAGGUGGCCGUGGUGGACUUUGUGGAGCCUUCUCCCCGAGGCACCAGGUGGGGCCUCGGCGGCACCUGUGUGAACGUGGGCUGCAUCCCCAAGAAGCUGAUGCACCAGGCGGCUCUGCUGGGGGGCGCAAUCCGAGACGCCGGCCACUACGGCUGGGAGGUGGCCCAGCCCGCCCGGCACGACUGGAGCAAAAUGGCAGAAGCUAUUCAGAACCACAUCAGAUCCCUGAACUGGGGGCACCGCGUCCAGCUGCAGGAGAGGAAAAUCAAAUACUUGAACGUCAAGGCCAGGUUCAUCGACAAGCACACGGUUCUUGGUGUUAGUAAGGACAAGAAAGAGACUCUGCUCUCGGCGGAUCACAUCGUCAUUGCCACUGGAGGACGGCCCAGGUACCCCACGCUCGUCCAAGGUGCCUUGGAGUACGGGAUCACAAGCGACGACAUCUUCUGGCUGAAGGAAUCCCCCGGAAAAACGUUGGUCGUGGGGGCCAGCUACGUGGCCCUGGAGUGUGCCGGCUUCCUCACGGGGCUCGGGCUGGACACGACCAUCAUGAUCCGAAGCAUUCCCUUACGAGGCUUUGACCAGCAAAUGGCAUCUUUGGUCACGGACCACAUGGCCUCUCACGGCACCCGGAUCCUGAGGGGCUGCACCCCCUCCCGGGUGGCAAGGCUCCCGGACGGCAGGCUCCAGGUCACCUGGGAGGACCGCACCUGUGGCAAGGAGGACUCGGGCAUCUUCAACACCGUCCUGUGGGCCAUAGGUCGGGUUCCGGAAACGAGGGGCCUCAACCUGGAGGGCGCCGGGGUGGAGACCAACCCUGAGAGUCAGAAGAUCCUGGUGGACGCCCACGACGCCACCUCCGUCCCCCACAUCUACGCCAUUGGCGACGUCGCCGAGGGGCGGCCCGAGCUGACCCCCACGGCCAUCAUGGCAGGGAAGCUCCUGGCGCAGCGGCUGUUCGGGGGGUCCUCAGACCUGAUGGAUUACAGCAACGUCCCCACGACCGUCUUCACCCCGCUGGAGUACGGCUGUGUGGGGCUGUCGGAGGAGGAGGCUGUGGCUCGCCACGGACGGGAGCAGAUUGAGGUUUAUCACGCAUAUUACAAACCUCUGGAGUUCACGGUGGCCGAGCAGGACGCGUCCCAGUGUUACAUAAAGAUGGUGUGCCUGCGGCAGCCCCCACAGCCCGUGCUGGGCCUGCACUUCCUCGGUCCCAACGCUGGAGAAGUCACUCAAGGAUUCGCGCUGGGGAUCAAGUGCGGGGCCUCCUACGCGCAGGUGAUACGGACGGUCGGCAUCCACCCAACCUGUGCCGAGGAGAUGGUCAAGCUGCGCAUCUCCAAGCGGUCAGGCCUGGACCCCACUGUGACGGGCUGCUGAGGUUAAGCCGCCAUCCCUGCCAGGCCAAGGGCGCACGGCGCAGUGCCCACCCCACCCCCAGGCUCCUCGGGGGGUGCCCAGACCCAGGGUCCCUGCAUGGCCAGGCAGAUGUGAGCAGAGGGGCUAGCCUGGCCUCUGGUAGCCCGCCCUCUCCCCCCGAAGAGCUCGGAGCAAGCGCCCACUUGUGCAGCUGCAGCCGCUGUGUGCCCUGCAGGGAUGGCCCCAUGGGGUCGUGAGCCCCUUCUCCUGCACCCUGCCCCCUUCCUCCUGGGGCCAGGCCCCUGGCUCCCCACGCCAGCUGAUGACGGCCUGGGCAGAAACCCACCACGUGGGCUGUUCACGUCCGAUCAAACCCCCUGGCGUCUCUGGACUGCAAAUAAACAAUUUCUU